AGGAAGUACAAGAGAUAGUGUUUUGUUCACAGGGGACUGAAAAAUGUUUAAAAACUAUGUCUUAUAAUGUAAAUUCGGAAAGAAAGUUUCUCUAACAGACUUCGUAAAAUGGCUGCGGGAAGAUUCUCCACAUCAAUCAAAGACGGUUCGGAUGCUGACUUUGAGUACACAUGUACCCAGUGUGGGGAAUACCAUAUAAGGGAGGAAGCUGUCAAGUACUGUCCGGAAUGUGAGGAGUAUCUUUGUACAAAAUGUACCAAUCAACAUGGCCGGAGAAAAGCAUUUAUUUCACAUAAGCUAAUAGACACAGAUGCUACAAAACGAGGGAAUAUGGUUACCAUAGCUACAAAAUGUCGUUACCAUCCAAACAGAGACAUUGAGAUGUACUGUGGAACCCAUGAUAUGGUCUAUUGUCUAAAGUGCAUAGCAAAGGAACAUAGGUCCUGUAAUGACGUUAGUGAAAUAGAAGACAUGCACACAUCUCUCGUUGACCAACAAGAAGUACAACGUUUACAGAAUCAGACAAGAAACAUUAAAGAGCGCCUUAUGGCCAUUGAUAGUAAAACACAGAAAAACAUCGAUAGCAUUGAACAGCAAAGGGACGACGUGCUUGCCAAAAUCGAGGAGGUUGAGCAGAGCUUGAUAGAACAUAUCCGUAAAUUAAAACAUGAAGCAAUUGGCGCUCUUAACAAGGACUAUACUUCGGAGAAAGAAGAACUGAAGUAUACUAUCAACAAGAUGGCAAAUACGAAAAAGGAAAUGGAGACUGUAAGUAGUCAGUUGCAGACAUUUACCAGUAUGGAAGCAGGACAACAGUUUAUUCAGAUGAAACUGAUACAACAGACUGUAAAUGAUGCAGUAAAGUUAGUUGAAGAACGCGAGACGACAGGUAGUAAAGCUUUAUGUUUUACAGAAAAUUCAGAUUUGAAAACCUCCAUUAUGACAGCAACAUCUUUAGGACGUGUGAAUACAGUUACAGAAAAUGAACAUCAAACUGCCCGAAGAAUAUAUAAGGUGAAAUCAAAAAAGGAGAUCAAUAUCAGCAUGCAAAACGACCGUCACACAUGUUAUAUAGGUGAUGUAUGUCAGCUACAGGACGGUACGAUCAUACUGGGUGACUGGAAGAAUUGGAAGAUUAAGAGGCUUGAUAUGAAUUACAACAUCAAGGAUCACUGUGACCUAGAUUACUAUCCCAUGGGUAUCUGUUGUACUGGUCAGAAUGAAGUCGCUGUGAAAAUGGCCAACAACAAGGUUCUGUUUAUAUCAGUCGGCAGUUCAUUGUCCCAGCUGAAAAAGAUAACUAUAGCAGGUGGAGGCUGGUGGGGAAUGACUUACUAUGCUGGAGAAUUGUGGACGUCUACCGGAAGUGGUGUCAAUGUCUACAGUACAUACGGUACUCUACUGAAAACUGUUAUCCAACACACCAAUGGUCAGAAUAUUUUCAAAUCGACUACUCGACAUAUGGCAGUCAGUGGGGAAACUGUUAUCGUAACAGACGAAUGUGAUGGUGCCGUCUGUCUGGGAAGAGAUUAUACGGUACAAAGAGAACUGCGGGUCAAAAACCUUGUUGACACAAAAGGUGUAUGUGUAUCUAGUGAUGGAACCGUAUUCCUCAACAUGUGCUAG